AUGCUUCCUUCGACGGCUCGCCCUGCAGGUGCAGGUGCCGCGGCCUACACGCAGCCGCAGCUGAGGCAGAUGAGGGCGCAGUGCAUCGUCUUCCUCGCCUUCAAGAACCAGAUGGAGCCCAGGAAGCGGCACCUCGAGAUCGCGCUCGGUGAGGAUGACAUCGACGGAGCCGGCUGCCACGGCGAGACGACGACGACGAGCUCACCUUCUCAAGCCUCGUCGUCCUCUGCCGCACCGUUGCCGCCGCCCCACCUCCUGUCCGUCUCAUCGCUGCGGCUGUCCCCGCCGGUGACGGAGCAGGAGCAGGAGAAUCGCGAACACAACGACGACCCUGCAGCAGAACAUGAGUAA